CUAAGAAGAAGUAAUUAAUCAUUACUCAACUCUUCUUCAAAACCAAUUUUUGAGAGAAAAUAACAAAAUGAAGAGUGGUGGGAGUUUCUUCAACACCUGCAAACCCUACAUUGCUAUGAUAUCUCUCCAAUUUGGAUAUGCAGGCAUGAAUAUCAUAACCAAAAUAUCACUCAAUGGAGGGAUGAGCCAUUACGUUCUAGUCGUUUAUCGACACGCCAUUGCCACUGCUGUCAUCGCUCCUUUCGCUUUCUUCUUCGAGAGGAAAGCACAGCCAAAGAUAACAUUCCCUGUCUUCAUGCAAAUUUUCAUCCUUGGCCUUCUCGGGCCUGUGAUUGAUCAAAACUUCUACUAUGCUGGUCUAAAGCUGACAUCACCAACAUUUUCAUGUGCAAUGAGCAACAUGCUACCCGCUAUGACAUUUGUAAUGGCCAUCAUAUUCAGGAUGGAGAAAGUGAAUAUAAAGAAGGUGAUAUACCAAGCGAAAGUGGUGGGAACAGUGAUAACGGUAGCCGGGGCGAUGCUGAUGACCUUGUACAAAGGCCCACUAGUGGAAAUGGUGUGGACGGCCCACCGCCACUCCACCAGCGGAAGCAGCAGCAGCGAUGACACAAGCAAGGACAGCAGCGACCGCGAUUGGUUCAUCGGGUGCAUCCUCCUAAUAAUUGCCACGCUGGCAUGGGCCUCCCUCUUCAUCCUGCAGAAAGCAGCACUGAAAACCUACUCCAACCACCAGCUCUCUCUCACCACAAUGGUCUGCGGCAUGGGCACCCUUCAAGCCAUCGCUGUCACCUUCGUCAUGGAACACAACCCCUCAGUCUGGACCAUCGGCUGGGACAUGAACCUACUCGCUGCUGCAUACGCGGGAAUAGUGACAUCGAGCAUAUCGUACUACGUGCAAGGGCUGGUGAUGAAGACGAAAGGCCCGGUUUUCGCCACGGCAUUUAGCCCGCUCAUGAUGAUCAUAGUUGCGGUUAUGGGAUCCUUUAUCCUAGCGGAGAAGAUCUAUCUUGGAGGGAUGAUUGGAUCAGCUAUAAUCGUGGUGGGGCUCUACUCGGUGCUGUGGGGGAAGUACAAGGAAGACCAAGAAAACAAAUUACUUGAAGAAAUUCCAGAAGUCAUCAAAGCUAAUAAUAAUAAUAAUAAUAAUAAUGGUAUAGGAAAUGUUGAGGAGGAAAAGACAUCUGCAGUUGCAAUUGAUCUGCCCAUAUUUACUCCACCAACCAAACCAACUUGAUUAACAAGUUUGACAUGAUCAUCCUAAAUUUAUAGUAGUAUAUCUUUUUUUGUAUUUUUCUGAGGUUUUUUUUUUCCCGACUUUUUGUUGUUGAUUUCGGGUUUUAGACAAAUUGAUUUUGGUUGGAUUAUGGAAGCGAUGUAAGGAACUAACUACUUUUUCUUAUACUUAUUAUGCAACUUAGAGUUGGCUCUUUUCAAA